GCGAGCCGCGGAACAACAGUGGGUUUCCGUUGAGGAACAUAUGAAACUAAAAGAAAUAGGCCGCUAUCGACCUUAUUUAAAAAUGAUUUUAUUAUAACACACUGGCGUAAACCUCACAUAUUUUGUAAAAGGGUAAAUUAGGGAUGUAGGUGGCUUCUUCUCCCUUGUUCUGAAGCGAGAACACGAUAGGUAAUAUUGCGAUGGCGGAGGGAUACUGAUCAUGCGGAGGUGUAAGGAGUGCUGGAGCGCAGUUUGAAUUGUGUCCUGUGUGAUCGGUAAACGUCGAGGAGCUUGGUUGUAUUUAUUUUAUUUGGUUUAAUUUAUUUGCAUCGUAUUUUUUGAAAAACCGAACUGCGUUUUUAAAGUGUAUCGCUCUAGCGCAGCCUGCUGUGGAAUGUCCGCGUGUUUGCAGAAUGACCUCUGACCUGACGUGCUCUGUCCAGUUACCCCCGUCAUGCAACCAGUCCUCGCUUUCAAGUGCGGAGGCCAACCCUGCAGCUCCACACGAGGACGAUGGGCGCCUUGGGGAUCUCUCGGCCCACUGCCCUCCGCUCCCCCAGCCCGCCCUUGGGCAGUACAGCACCCCCCCGCCCCUCGAUUUCACCCAGCUGACCCCGGCGGACAUGGGGAUUAGCUCUCAGAGCUUCAUGCCGGCCUCGAAGGGCAGAGAUAAGUCUCGAUUGUCCCAGCUGAAGGCGAGGCGCAGGUCCACCAUUGGCGUGAGGGGAUCCCCCGAGACCAACUCCCUGAUCUGCUACAUCGCUCUGCAGCGACGGACCAACCCGUCCAAGGCCAGCCCUCACCAGGCCAGCCCCUUCUCUCCUCACUCCUCUGCGCUGCACCAAAAGAUGAAGUCCUUCCAGAGCUGCCUAGAGUCCCUUGAUGAGACCGACCAGACCGAGCCCCAGCUGGGAGACCAGAGAGGGGAAGAUGACCUGAAGGAGACCCAGAAUGGGAAGGGUGUGCUGCAGGGAAAGGAGAACAGGCUCCCGGAGAUGCUGCCCUCUCCCAAGCGCCAGCGCCUGGACACCCGCGCAGACGACAUGAAGGAAGGCGGCGCUGGAGACUCCCGCUCGCCGGGCCGGACCCCCUACCGGAGAGGCCCCAGCACCUGGAGCGCCGGCCUCGCCGAGGAAGAGGAGGAGGUGCUCGACCUGCCCGCGGCUGCGCACUCCCCGGGCCAGUCAGGAGCCCGUGUCAGGAAGACCCCGGCCCGAGCGGAGACGGGGAGCGGGGCUGGGGCCGGCGGCAGCACGGUCUCGGAGCGUGACGGCUGGAAGACCCCCGGGAGCAGUCGGACUGUCGCUGAGGAGGGAGCCGCGCGGGGGGACUGGCCGUGGCAGAGCCCCUUCCGCUCGCCGUCCCUGGUGUCCAAGGCCACCCGCUGCCCAGGGCCCGCCCCUGUCCCCUUCCCUGCUCUGACUCCUGUCCAGGCAGCGCGCCCAGAUGAGACGGAGACGCUGGGCGGCUCCACAGCGCGGCGAGAGAAGAAGAGGGUGCGCUUCGGGCUGCCUCUGUCCCCGGAGUUUUUCGACAAAAGGCUGCCCCCUAACACUCCCCUGCAAAAAGGGGGGACGCCUGCCCCUGCCAGCCCCUCCACGGGAUCCCGUCUCCGGCCUGUGCUGAAGAAGACUCCUCUAAGGCUACCUGCUCUACUGCCGGAGCUAGAUUUCGACAUCCCUGAAGUGAGCACAACCCCUGUCUGCGAACCCAGCUCAGAGACGGAGGACUUGGGCAUAGCCCCUCUUGUGUUCCUGGAUGAGCCUGUCUGUGACGAGCCACAGGCUGCUGGCCCACUCCCUGCUUUGCAAGAUAGCCAGCCAGAGACGGGUGUGACGUUCCAGGAUGAGACUGUCUGUGAUGAGCCCCAGCCUCCUGCCCUGGAUGGUGUUGCAGUGGAAGAUAGCCAGGCAGAGACAGGCACAGAGCCACCCCCACCUGCAGAGCAGCCCACCAGCACAGGGGUUCCAGUGCAGUCCCGCGGCAGGAAGAGGAAGAAGCCAGCCGCGGUGGAGCACACACAGCCCAGGAGGGCUAGCACCAGCCGCUCAGCAGCCAAGAGCGCCUCUGGGAAGAUGAAGGAGUCUGCAAAACGGCGCUGGGGCUGCAAGCCGGUGGAUCGCUCGCUGUACGGGGAGAGAGACUACGCCUCCAAGAAUCCCUCAUUGAGCCCCAUCACCGAGAGGCUUUCUAGUGGCAGCUGUGUUUCCGUAAAUAGCCACGAGGAGCUGGCACUGCCAUACUCAGCAGGGGAAGGCACCUGGGAGACACCUGAGAUUCCCCUUGGGGACACGGCCAGCACAGACUCUGUGGGCAGUGCUGCAGCAGCAGGGCACGACGGAAAGGAAUCUGCUGACGGCGGCCAUUUGCCCUUGAUGUCUGCUGAGGCUGCAGACCCUGAGCCACCCGAGUGCAGUUUGGAGCGCGCAGAGGAGGCAGACGGCAAGGGUCCUGCAGGUCCUCCUGCCAUCACAGAUGCUGCAGCUGUGCUUCCGGAAGAGCCCGCGCCCGUUCCUGCUGGAGAGGAGGACGCAGCUGGAGCAGGGUUGCUGUUGCACACAGCCGCUACCCAGCAUGCAGCAGAGCUUAACCCAGCUGCUCAGUCCAGAACAGCGGACGAGCCGGCGUGGGAGCUGCCCGGUGCUGCGUGCCCGGAGGAUGCGCAGCCGGAGCGGAAGCCGAGGAGAGGCAGGAGGCCGAAGGGCGGCAGAAAAGGCUGCCCUGGUAGCAGGAGUCUAGGGGCUCAGGCAGAGAGCAGCUCGGAGAUUGGACACACUGAGGCAGCUGUCAGUUCAGACAGAGAGGUGGAGCCUAGCACCCCUCCUGAGAGGACUGGCUCCAGCCUGCCAGCUCACUCGGCACCCCAAGCCCAGCAUGCCAGGAGACACGGCGAUGACAUGGCCAGGGAUGCCACUGGUACCCCCGCACCACAGGGCCAGGCCCUGCCAGCGCCCGAGACGGACGGUGCCACGCACGGCGAGGCUGCAGAGCACCCGGAGGGCAGGUCCCGGGGCCGCAGGAGUGUGCGCCUGCCCCUCCCGGCCAGAGAGGAGGCAGGCGAAGGGGGAGAGCAGCCCCAGGAAGCGGGGACCCCCGCAGAGCGGGCGGGGGGAGACUGCCUGGCGCCUGCGGCCGUGGAGCUCGGCUGGCCCCUUCCUGCCCUGGCGCCCUGGCAGCAGGAGAUCUCGAUCGAGGAGGUGCUGAAGCCCCUGCCCAGGGAGCACGUCCGCCGCAGCAUGCGAAACCGCCGCAACUCGGACGCCGCCGGCCUGAGCUGGGUGCCCCGCUCCUCGCCCGACGCCGGCCACUGCUACUCGCUGCGCCGCAGAAGCCGCAAAGUGCACGGGCGGCAGCCUGCUGCGGAGACAGAAACACCAUAGAGAGCACGCUGCCCGUGCACAUAGCCCUCUGUGCCAAGUCAGGGAUGCCCAGUCGCUCGUCGGUGAAGGAGCUAAAGCAGAAUCUCAGAGCUUCUCGUCUGAUCGCGUGUCUUGCCCGUCCCUGUGUCUGAGUACGAGUGUCUUCAUCUCUGGUUGGGCUUUGUGUUUCUUUCUCUUCGGUUUCUCAGUUUUUAAGGUGUCCACCCAUCAGUUAUGGCCACAGUGGGGUGGUGGAGAGCCAAGCUGUCAGAGCUACAUUAAGACUGUAGCUUUCCUCCUGUCCUCAAGGGGGCAGCUGUUAAACUGCUUCAAAGCAGCAAAACUCAGUGCAGUGCGCUCAGAACCCUUCUGAGGAUAUUAUUACCAGCUUACCAAGUCCUCGACAUGCGUUGUUUAAGAAUCAGUCUGCUUUUGUUUUUUUAAAACCAAACACUAAGGAACAGGUUAACCAGGGAACCUUGAUGCAGUGUUCCUGGGGUGAAAAUCUAUAUAAACUGAAAAAAGAACAAGAAAAGGCUUUUGACUGUGCCUUUUAAAACCCCCAAAAUUUGUGUAAAGUUCGACAGCUUGUUUUCAUUUGGGGAAUUUUAUUUUUGAAAUUUUAAACUGAACACACAAUUCAGCUCAUGUUCUAUUUGGUAAAAACAAAAAAUGCUGUUUGGCUUUUGGUAUUAAUAAAAAAAACCCAAAUCAA